UGUUUUAAGAAUGAAAAUUUGUGCUUAGAUAAUGUGCUGUUGAUAUUGGGAACUGUUAAUAUUGUCUUUCUCCGCAAAAGAGGGAUUUUGGAGCUAUACAAGAACAAUACAAAUAUAUAAGGGGAAAAACAUUAACACAACAGUUUCACAAAACUAGAAAGAAUCAUGAGCAGUAUGAAAAGACAACGAAAGAAAGGACCACAAACAAUACAGGUCAAUUCAACAACAGACGAGGUAAUAUCUGCAGCGGAUGGAAUGUCAGACAAAGAGUUCAGAAAAUACAUGCUUCAGAUGAUCUGGAGUUUCAAGGAAGACAUUAUACAGCAAAUUCAGACAAUGAAAAAUCACUUUGACAAUGAACUACAUAAACAAAUCCAAGAAGCAAAAGAUCAACUCUAUAGGGAGAUAGAGGAUAUAAAAAACAAACAGAAAUCCUGGAAAUGCAGGAAACAAUAAACCAAAUUAAAAACUCAAAUGAGAGUAUUACCAGCAGAGUAGAACACUUAGAAGAUGGAACAAAGUUUUUCAACUUGAAAAGAACAUAGACAGCUCAGCGAGAAUGUUAAGAAAUCAUGAGCAGAACAUCCAAGAAUUAUGGGAUAACAUCAAGAAACCAAACCUAAAAGUUAUUGGGAUACAAGAGGGUAUAGAGGUCCAAACCAAGGGAAUGAGCAAUCUAUUCAAUGAAAUAAUACUAGAAAACUUCCCAGACUUAAAGAAUGAAAAAGAAAUCCAAAUACCAGAAGCCUACAGGACACCGAAUGUACAAAAUCAUAAGAGAUCUACACCAAGACAUAUAAUAAUGAAGAUGUCCAACAUACAGAAUAAGGAGAGAAUUUUAAAAGCCACAAGAGAGAGGAAGCAGAUUACAUUUAGGGGUAAACCAAUCAGGAUAACUGCUGAUCUUUCAACACAGACUCUGAAAGCUAGAAGAUCCUGGAAUAACAUAUUUCAAACGCUGAAAGAAAAUGGGUUCCAACCAAGAAUCAUGUAUCCAGUGAAAUUAAGCUUCAGGAUUGAAGAUGAAAUAAAAAUCUUUCACGAUAAGCAAAAGUUAAAAGAAUUUGCAGCUAGAAAACCAGCUCUUCAAAACAUCCUUGGCAAAACAUUACAGGAAGAGGAAAUGAAAAAUAACAAAGAAAACCAACAGCGGGAGGUAGUACAGUAAAGGAAAAACUAAGCAUAGAGGAAAAACAAAUCAUGUUAAACAACUUACAUAAUCAAAUAUGGCUGGAAAUACAAAACAUAUCUCAAUAGUAACCCUAAAUGUUAAUGGCUUAAAUGCACCAAUCAAAAGACAUAGGCUAGUAGAAUGGAUUAAAAAAAAAGAUCCAACAAUAUGCUGCCUACAGGAGACUCAUCUGAUAGGAAAAGACAUACACAGACUGAAAGUGAAAGGUUGGGAAAAAUCAUAUCACGCAUACGGACCAUGGAAGCAGGCAGGGGUAUCCAUACUUGUAUCAAAUAAAAUAGACUUCAAGCCAAAGUUAAUCAAAAGGGAUAAACAAGGACACUACAUACUGCUCAAGGGAACCAUACACCAACAAGACUUGACGAUCAUUAAUGGUGCAGCUACGUUCAUCAAACAAACUCUUCUCAAGUUCAAGAGUCAAAUAGACCACAACACAAUAAUCAUGGGAGAUUUUAACACACCUCUCUCACCACUGGACAGAUCUUCUAAACAAAAGUUGAAUAAAGAAACGAUAGAGCUCAAUAAUACAAUUAAUAAUUUAGACUUAAUUGAUAUAUACAGAAUAUACCACCCAACAUCAAGCGGAUACACUUUCUUCUCAGCAGCACAUGGAUCCUUCUCAAAAAUAGACCAUAUAUUAUGUCACAGGGCAAAUCUUAGCAACUACAAACGAGUUGAGAUACUACCAUGCAUUUUAUCUGAUCAUAAUGGAAUGAAAUUGGAAAUCAAUAAUAAAAUGAGAAAGGAAAAAUCCUACAUCACAUGGCGAUUAAACAAUAUGCUACUAAAUGAACAAAGGGUUACAGAAGACAUCAAAGAGGAAAUUAAAAAAUUCUUAGAGGUAAAUUAAAACUCAGACACAACAUAUCGAAAUCUCUGGGACACUAUGAAAGCAAUACUAAGAGGAAAAUUCAUUUCACGGAGUUCAUUCCUUAAAAGAAGGAAAAGCCAACAAAUAAAUGACCUCACACUACACCUCGAAGCCUUAGAAAAAGAAGAACAAAUCAGCAGCAAAUACAGUAGAAGGCAAGAAAUAAUUAAAAUUAGAGCUGAAAUCAAUGAAAUCGAAACAAAAGAAACAAUCGAAAAAAUUGACAAAACUAAAAGUUGGUUCUUUGAAAAAAUAAAUAAGAUUGAUAGACCACUAGCCACGCUAACAAAGAGAAGAAGAGAGAGAACCCAAAUUACUAGCUUACGGGAUGAAAAAGGCAACAUCACAACAGACAAUUCAGAAAUACAGAAGAUAAUUAGAAAUUAUUUUGAAACCCUAUACUCUAAUAAAAUAGAAGAUAGUGAAGGCAUCGAUAAAUUCCUUAAGACAUAUGAACUACCCAGAUUGAGUCAGGAAGAUAUAAACAACCUAAAUAGACCAAUAUCAAGUGAGGAAAUAGAAGAAGCCAUCAAAAGACUACCAACCAAGAAAAGCCCAGGACUGGAUGGAUAUACAGCAGAGUUUUACAAGAACUUUAAAGAAGAACUAAUACCAAUACUCCACAGUCUAUUUCAGGAGAUAGAAAAAGAGAGAGAACUUCCAAAUUCAUUCUAUGAGGCCAAUAUCACCCUGAUUCCCAAACCAGAUAAAGACACCUCAAAAAAAGAAUACUACAGACCAAUAUCCCUAAUGAAUUUAGAUGCAAAAAUCCUCAAUAAAAUUCUGGCAAAUCGGAUACAAAAAUAUAUCAAAAAGAUCGUGUACCAUGAUCAAGUAGGAUUCAUCCCUGGGAUGCAAGGCUGGUUCAAUAUACAGAAAUCAAUAAACGUUAUUCACCACAUCAAUAGACUUAAAGAUAAGAACCAUACGAGCGUGUGGGAGGAGGCGGUGGCCAGGGUGAGGCGCGAGGCUGAGCGCUCGAGAGCCGACUUGGAGGAGCGGAUGUAAGUCAGAGUAUAGCAGAAAAUGUCCACUGAACGGACUUCUUGGACAAGCAUGUCCACUAUUCAGAAAAUAGCCCUGGGCCUUGGGAUUCCAGCCAGUGCAACAGUUGCCUAUAUCCUAUACCGCAGAUACAGGGAAAGCAGAGAAGAGCGGCUGACAUUUGUUGGGGAGGAUGACACCGAGAUAGAGAUGCGAGUUCCCCAAGAGGCUGUGAAGCUCAUCAUUGGUCGGCAAGGAGCCAAUAUUAAACAGCUUCGGAAACAGACAGGUGCACGGAUUGAUGUGGACACAGAGGAUGUAGGCGAUGAGCGAGUGCUGCUUAUCAGUGGUUUUCCUGUUCAGGUGUGCAAGGCCAAAGCAGCAAUCCACCAGAUCCUGACAGAGAAUACCCCAGUGUCUGAACAGCUCUCAGUCCCCCAGAGAUCUGUGGGCAGAAUCAUAGGGAGAGGCGGCGAGACAAUUCGUUCUAUCUGUAAGGCGUCUGGAGCCAAAAUUACCUGUGACAAAGAAUCAGAGGGCACAUUACUAUUAUCAAGACUUAUAAAAAUCUCAGGAACACAGAAGGAAGUGGCAGCAGCCAAGCAUUUGAUACUGGAAAAAGUUUCAGAAGAUGAAGAACUUCGGAAGAGAAUUGCCAAUUCUGCAGAAACCAGAGUCCCACGCAAGCAGCCAAUCAGUGUGAGAAGAGAGGAAGUGACAGAGCCAGGUGGAGCUGGAGAACCAACUUUAUGGAAAAACAGCAGUUCUAGCAUGGGGCAAGCUGCACCCCUGGCAACUUCUCCCCGCAAAGGAAGUGGUGACAUGGCUAUUGUAGGCCCAAAAAAUGGUUCCAAGGAGAAACCUAAUGGUGACAGCUUUCAGAAGUCUGGAGACCAGACCAGUCCUGAGAUGUCCAUGUUUGAAAUCCCCAGUCCCGACUUCAGUUUUCAUGCUGAUGAGUACCUGGAAGUCUACGUCUCUGCUUCCGAACAUCCUAACCACUUCUGGAUCCAAAUUAUUGGCUCCCGCAGCCUGCAACUAGAUAAGCUUGUGAGUGAGAUGACCCAGCACUAUGAGAAUAGUCUGCCUGAAGACUUGACUGUGCAUGUAGGAGAUAUUGUAGCAGCACCUUUAUCUACAAAUGGUUCCUGGUAUCGAGCCAGGAUCCUUGGCACCUUGGAGAAUGGGAACUUGGACCUCUACUUUGUUGACUUUGGAGAUAAUGGAGAUUGCCCAUUGAAGGACCUCAGGGCUCUCAGGAGUGACUUCCUAAGCCUUCCAUUUCAAGCAAUAGAAUGUAGUCUGGCACGGAUUGCCCCCUCAGGUGAAGAGUGGGAAGAGGAAGCUUUGGAUGAGUUUGACAGACUGACUCACUGUGCUGAUUGGAAACCCCUGGUGGCCAAAAUCUCUAGCUAUGUCCAGACUGGGAUCUCAACUUGGCCAAAGAUCUAUUUAUAUGACACAAGCAAUGGGAAGAAACUUGAUAUCGGGCUAGAAUUAGUUCGUAAAGGAUAUGCAGUUGAGCUUCCUGAAGAUGUGGAAGAAAACAGAGCUGUCCCUGACAUGUUAAAGGAUGGGGCCACAGAAACAGAUGCCUCUCUUGCCAGCAUGCUCACUGAAUCCAAAAAAAGCCCUGGAGAGAUGGCACAUACCCUGUCCUGCCUCAGCUUAUCAGAAGCUGCCUCUAUGUCUGGUGAUGAUAACCUUGAAGAUGACUACUUACUCUGAAGUCUGGGCUUCCAGUGGCUCAGCCAUCUGCUUUGCUGUGAUUAGGCACAUGAUUUGGUGCCUGGAGAGAAGAGUCUAAGAGAUCCAUACAGUCCUUUAUUACACAGUGUGGCUUGCUGUGGACCAGAUCCAUUUUCUCCUUCCAUUGAAUUACCAGAAAGAGUGUGGAGGAGAGGAAGACAUCACCCACCUCACCUCCUUCUCCA